UCGAGGAGUCCCGUCAACCUCCACCUCCUCCCACUGCCUCCACCACCACCAACACCUCCUCUUCCUCCCUUCUGCACCUCCUCGAUCGCUCCCACCCUAACCCCACCUCCAAAGUUCAACGCAUCGGUCUUUCCCCCUAAUGGAAGUCGAAGUCAAGCUCCGCCUCCAGGACGCCGCCGCCCACCGUCAAUUAACCACCAUCCUUUCUCGUUUCCUCUCCAAAACCCUCCAUCAAGAAAACCUCUUCUUCGACACCCCAACAAAUACCCUUUCCUCCCAAUUUUCCGUUCUUCGCCUCCGCUUCCUCGACAAGGACGCCCGCUGUAUCGUUUCCCUCAAAUCCAAACCUACUCUGGUAGAUGGUGUCAGUCGCGUGGAGGAAGAUGAAGAGGAACUAGAUCCGUGUGCUGCACGCGCUUGCGUGGAUGACCCAGCGAGGUUGGCGAAGAUUGAGUCGAGGAUUCUGAAGAGGGUUAAGGAGGAGUUUGGGGUUGGAGAAGAAAUGGGAUUUGUUUGUUUAGGUGGGUUUGAGAAUAAAAGAGAGGUUUUUGAUUGGAAAAAUCUGAAGCUGGAAGUGGAUGAGACUAAGUAUGAAUUUGGGACAUGCUACGAGAUCGAAUGUGAAAGUGAGGAUCCUGAUGGCGUUAAGAAAUUGCUUGAGGAGUUUUUGAAGGAAAAUGGGGUUGCUUAUUCGUACUCUAAGAUGACAAAGUUUGCUGUUUUUAGGUCUGGGAAGUUGCCUUAGCAAAGUGAAUUUGAGGAUGUCAUGCAGUAUGAUUACCACACAAGCAAUGGUAGAGAAGGAAGGUUGAUCAUCUCUGGUGCAAAAAUAAAUUGUCACUCUCUCGUAAUGUGAUUCUGAGACUUUAUAACAUUGACAUUGGACAUUAUUAUUUGCACUUUCAAUAGACAAAGGUUGAACUGCUAAUAACAAGUCUUGUAUCCCUGCCUU